AUGCCCCUCCAGCCUGACACUAAUCCCGAUCGGGCGGUGUGCGGGCUCGUCUCCAAAGUAAACAAUCAACCUGAACCACAACACUUGCCCGCCCACUUUGCGACCGAACCCCUUGCCUGGUCGAUUGGCUCCUCCGAUAGCAUGUCGCGCAAUUCGAUCGCGAUGGGCUACAACAACCGCAUGAGCUCCCAAUUCCAAGGUACCCAACACCAGGGCCGUGGUCGCAAGAAGGAAGAUGAGAAUGACGCUCUCAUGCGCUUGCCCGAUAAAGAGAUCGCAGGAUGUAUCAACGAUAUCGGAAUUCCCUUUACAUUGGCCGAUCUGGCCAAGCCAAACGCUCAGCAGAUUCAGAUGGUCUUCGAGUGGUUCGCGGAGCUGCUCAUGAACACGACCAAAGAAACUGUGGAACCUGCUAUGCACGCCGCUGCAGAAGAUAUAUGCGGCGACUAUCCGGAUAUCGUUCCCAAUGACACCCGCAAUCUUAUGGGUUUCUUCAUGAUGCUGCGCAAGCUCUUAGCAGAGUGUGGCGUCAAUGAUUUUACUUUCACAGACUUAACAAAACCUACGCAUGAGCGCCUUGUCAAGAUAUUCUCCUAUCUGAUUAACUUUGUUCGAUUCCGGGAAUCGCAGACUCCCGUCAUUGACGAGCACUUCAACAAGACCGAAAAAACGAAAUCACGGAUCGACGAACUGCUCGCAGAGAAUCAAGAAAUGGAACUCCGCCUCAGCGAGAUGCGACAAGAUCUUCAGUCCAAUGAAGCGCACGUAAGAGAGAAAGUGGCUCGAAAUGAUGCGCUUAAGGCUCGAUUACUGGAGCUUGGCCGAGAGCAAUCGCGAGUUGCAGAGACGCUUGACCGCGUUAAAACAGAAAGAGCUCGUCGGCAGCAACAGUUGGAAGAAAAGACAGAACGAACCGUUCGUUCGCGACAAGAAGCAGAGAAAUUACGACCUUACGUACUUGAAUCCCCGGCAACUCUCCAAUCAUCCUUGGCGGAAUUGUCUGAACAUUUGAUGCGCGAGAAGACCUCUAUCGAUGCAAUGGAAAGACGAGCGCGGGCGCUCCAGACCUCCUCAGACACAUUCACCGUCGUUUCUAACGACGUGCAAGCAUGCGUAAAGCUACUUGAUGACAUUUCAGCCGAGCUUCAGAAGGAGGAGGAGGAGGAGUCACGCGCUGCUAGAACAACGGAAGCUAUCUCAGACAGGGGCAAUAGCGUCCGUGAAGUUGAACAGACGGAGAAGCUUCUGCAGCGUCAACUGGCGCGUUGGGUCGAGCGCAUCGAGGCGCUCCAGAAAAACGCGCAAGAGAAAGCAGAAGUUGCGCAGGCACGCAUGGAGGAGCUCCGCAACAUCCAGAAGCAACUCCGCGAGGAGCGCGCCGAGAAGCAGCGAGACAUGGAGCGAAGGCGGAUUCGCAUUGAACAGACAGAGAAGAAGAUGGUCGACCUUAAAGAGAACAUCGAAAGCGAGAUUCAAUCUGCCCACGACCAGUAUUUGAAGCUGGAAUCACACAUAAAACUGUACAUGACAGAGAUGGAGAAGUCUCUGUGA